UGUGCAGCCAAUGAGCGUGCAGCUUUUGAUUUAAGAGCUGCCGGGUUGGCGGUUAUACCAGUAACCAUUGUGUGUGAUCCGUGUGGAGAGAGUCGAGCCUUGCAGUUUUCAAUAAAGUAAAGCAUGGCAACCGUCAUCUUCAUUGACCAAGAGAAUGGAGACCUUUCUUCCACCACCCUGUCCAAGGAUCGCCUUGCAUCAACAAGCUCUGGAAACCCCCUUUUGAAAAUUAAUCCAGGAAAGGUGUUUGGCAGCUCUGGAACUGUGGUAAAGCCAAGAAAAGUUCUGGGAAAUGUUAACAUUGCAGUUCCACAGAAGAAAGGACAACUUGGCGUGAAGAAUUCUGCACCAGUUACUAAGCAGGCUUCUGAAGCGUGCAUCAAGCCUAGCAAACAGAACUACCCUGAGAUUGAAAAGUGUGUUCCUUAUGAUCCUGCAGAUUUUGAAACCUUUGAUGUCCCAGAAGAGCACAAACUGAGCCAUCUCUACCUUGGUGGUACCCCCCUGUUCGUGCAUGAAAAGGAAGCAGCAAAGUUUGCUCUCUUGAUCCAGGAGCCAGCUCCAAUGGAUAUUCCAGUCUUUAGCUGGGAGUCAGAUAUUUCAAGCACACUACCAUCUUUCCUAACAACCUUUGAUGACAUCACACUUAAUUUACCACAGAUGGUAGACUGUUAGCAUGUUACUUUGUAUGUUACUUUGUAUGGUUUUUAUUUGUAUCUUUAAAUAAACUGACUUUAUAAUCCUGUAA